AUGCGUUUGGAUAUUGGAGAUCUUUCCAGGGAGACGGGAAUCCAGGAAGCAGAGGUUCUAGAAGCCUUGACUGGUCUUUGCAACUCCGAAUGGUCAAGGAACAACAGAUCGCUCAUCAUUAAAAUCACUGAGAGUGCUGUGAUGGAAAUUGGAAAGUUCAUAGCAGAAAAGAACCGGUCGAGAUUAUUAGCGAAGGAAGAGUGUUUGGAUCCAACCUUUAAGGAGAAACUCAAACUCUGUGCAGCGGAAAUGAAUCUAACA